AUGGGGGAGGUGUUCAGCAAUCCCCUAAAUGAGAAACAUCUGCAGCUAGUGACAAGCACCAUGCAAAUGAGACAGCCGCGAGCUCAGGCACGUGCCCGGGAGAGCCCUGUGGCGCCACGCGCAUAUUGGCCCACCCGAGCGGCUCCUCACCAGCUCGCUCUGGUGGGGCGGGGCCCCAGCUACGCCUGUUUCCGCUACGGACCAGGGGGCUACCCUAGGCUGGGACAAGAAUCGGCAAGGACGAGCGAGUCCGGCCGCUGGGGCCGCCCCCGCGAGCUCCCUUCCCCCCCGAGGCAGGUCCUCUCAGCUCUCCCCGCACAGCCGGAGCCGACAGGUUUCCAUGGGAACCGCAGCGGGGUCCGCGCGCCCAGGAGCAGCCCCCACCUCCCGGCACAGCUUCCGAUGACGGAAACUGGGAGGAACACGGGUGGGGGAACAGACCAUCGCUUAGGGUCCCCUGCGUCGGCAGCCAGGUCGCCCCAGCGAGCCCAAGAGGGGCCACCCGGGGACCCGCACCGUCACCGCCCCGAUUGUGCGGGCCACUGCGAUUGGUUUGCCCUCUCCAGGCGUGGCAGCAUCCCCUGGUGCUGGACGGAGGAGGGGAACCCGUUUCCUGCCCCGAAAGCCAGCCCAAGAAGGGAUGCCAAGGCAGGAAGCAAGGGCCGCGAGGGAAGGAGGGGGCCUGAAUCUGGCAAUCCGAGCACCUAGGAUACGCUUUCGUGGGGUGCAGAGUCCCGA